AUGGCCGGGAAGAUGGCGGCGGCAGAGUUAAAACAUGAUAAUGUUUCGUGCUACGAAACUGUGAAAAGAAAUGUAUCAAUAGUAAUAUCGCACAGAGAAAUAGAAUGUUAUCAGUUCAGAUUGUUAGACUUAAUUUACUACUUGAUUUCUGUCAGUUUUUUUUUCAUGGAUAUAGCAACAGAUAGUAUUGUAUUUACGAAAUACUUUUUACAAGGCCAAUUUAUUUGGGGAUGUUUUGCUUUGAGUUUUACAAUUCUACCUGCUGGCGUUACUCAAAUGUUUAGUUUAAGAUGGUAUCACAGCGACGGUUCUAUUAAAGCUAUACAUUGGUUGUUACACUUUUUGUUCUUGGGAAUAUUACACAGGUAUUUAAUAUUACUUUAUGCUACGAUAUAUUCAUUAAGAAGCAAACAAUUUGUGAAGGAUAAAAAUUGGGUGUAUAGACAGGAAAGCGAUAUAUGCAUGUUGCAUUUGUUUGAGUCAUUUAUGGGAGCUGCUCCACAAUUAAUAUUGCAGCUGUAUGUCAUGGCAGUAUUACGUCGUACACCAUUGUGGACAAGUUUAUCCGCCAUAGUGUCCUUUUGUUCGUUGAGCUGGGCUAUAGGUACAUAUACAAAAGCAAUGCACAAAAUAAAUCCAGGCCAUAACGAGACAACAUGGGUAGUAUUGACUCUUCAGGGUGUCUGGCGGGCUGGAAUGCUAAUGUCCAGAAUAGCAGUAUUGGUUUUAACGGCAAUUUGUUUACAGGAAUGGUUUUUAUUAUUUCUUGGUAAGUGUACCAGCAUGUUACCGCAACAGACUUCUCAAAAUAGAUUUCUAUCUUUUAUAGCUGCCCGUUCCUCUCUGAAUGUUACAGGACUCCAUUGGCUAUUUAUGACCGUGUGGGUAAUUCUACAGAACACAGACUUCUGUCCCACCUUAUGGGAAGAACGUAUUUAUAAUUGUAUCAUAGGAUUAAUUUAUUGCUUCGAUUUUUUUAAUUUACGUGUUGGCAAGUCCCGGUACAGAGUACUUAUCUUUUACACCAUCAUCGUGACAGAGAACAUAGUGUUUUUAGUUGUUUACAUAUUGUGUUUUAAAGAUGCUAUUAAGACCGAGGAAAUAGCAAUAGUGGCGAGCUUGAUAGCCGGAGGGAUGAUGAUCGGUAUGUUGAGUAUGUUGUUUUAUUACGGUAAGUUUCAUCCAUCGAAGAUCGGCGGCGGUACGCCCAACGACACUGAUAAGAAGUCCGAGAUGACCACCGAUAAUAUAGCCGUUACUCCCAGAUCGUUUAAGCAGUGUUAUCCCAAUUCUUUGUGUUCCAUCGAUCAUUCUCAAGGGACUGUGUCCGAGGAAGUCACGGCGGACAAGCAGUCGUUGUUGACGAACAUUGUACAGAGUUCCGAGUGCGCGGAGAACGGCGUCAUCAAUCGGAGCUGCAAAGUCGAGAACGAGUCGAAGGCCGCGGUUCGCGUGGUGUCGGAGUGCGAGUCGGCACACAGUAACUUCUCGAACGACGAGGAGGGCACUUCGUCGAGCGCGUUGCCGAAAAGCUCGUUUCCCGCAUCGGACGGCGCACGAGAAUUUGAAAUUCAAAACGACUGCAACGAUGCCACCGAGAAGGCCAUUCACCGCCAGAAACGCAGAGGCAUUUGUCUGCCGACCACUCACGGCCUGGACAUAGACAAGGACGUUUCGACGAAGGAUCCGUCGCAGAAGCGACGCGGGAUUUGCUUCUCGACGCGACUUAUCCUCGAGAUGGAAAACGAGGCGGACGAGACGGUCGCGGCCGACCAAAAAUCGAUGUCGGACGCGAGCGUGAAAUGCGACGAAUCGGAGGAGCAGCGCGACAAUCUGAACGGCAUCGCGAUGUUGAGGGACAGGCUGGAAACGCCGACGAUUUUCGACGGCGAGAAAAUUUCGGAAACGGAAAAACUGACGAAGGAAUUGCAACAGAGGGACGAAACGAUGAGUUGCGUCACCUCGAUACACGACUACGAGAACGUCUGUCCUCUCGGCGUUGCCAGACCACCCUGGUGCAUCCGUAGCUGGAAAGGGUACACGGAUAUAGAGACGUACAUCCACGACGACAGCGUUGUUCGCGAUAGACGACGGGACACUUUGACGAGCACCACGACUGGGACGACUUACAGUUCAGAGUGCUCUGACACGACGUGCGCCAGCUCGGUGCUGAGGGGAAUUCUGAAGCAAGACGAUUACCUUGACACGCUUGCGUACGAUCUGAUAGAUCCUCGAGAGUUAAGAGCUUUGUACAGCGAGGACGCGUCCCUGGCCGCGAAGAGGACUUCCGACGUGGACGAACAGAAUGCUACGCUUUAUAUCGCGAAGCCGGUAGUGAUAGACGACAAAGGCGGGAUGUUCGCGCUAGAUACUAUCAUGGAGGAACACGAGGACGAGAAAUUCGAGUACACUCGACCUGGUUGCGAUUCGGUCAGCACUUUGGUGAGCACGAUCGAUCAAAUCAGAAAGUACACGGCUGAGAAUUCGCCGAGGCACGUGUUUCACACGACGGGCACGCAGUGCGAGGAUUUUUAUCCGAAGAAUCUGAUAAAGAAAGCACAGCUGACCAGAGCGUUGUUCAAGAACGAUCUUAAAGAUCCUGUCACGCGCAAUAGAAAUUAUAUAAAUCGUUUGGAUGACUCGGAGUCGAUCGUUCGAGGGAAGUGUGAGAUAGACGCGAUUCGAGAUUUCGUUAAGUAUUGCGCCAUAGAAUCGAUCAAAAAGACACCUCUGAUAGAUGCGAUAUUAUCCGAUUCCCCGAUCUUAGGCAAUAAAGCGAAGCUGCAGAAACAGGUGUCCAUCGCGUACGGAAAAGACGACUCGAAAGAGAAUGAUCUGUACGUUGAGAUGAGUCCUUUAGUACCUGUUGAAAACGUCGAGGUUGUACAUAAUAAUUUAUCCGAGCUGUCCGUGUCCGAAUCUGUCAACGGCAAUCGCGAGAACGUGACGCCAAAUAUCUCGACAAACUCGAACUCCGGUGAUACGGAGAAGACAGAGCCGCCAUCUUGCGAUAAACGUAGGAGAGCGAUCAACUAUCCGAAACGAAAAUUCUCAUUGUUGAAGGAAAAAUUUGAAUCGAAAUCGCAGCUAGUUUACGUCGUUACGCCGAACAAUGCUAUUAAAAUAGGACAGUCUUCCGAGCUGGACGCACCGAAGAAAAACGUUUCGGUUAUAUCGAAAAGGACCAUGGACGUUUCGACGAGACACGACAAAGAGAAUUUAGCGCCUGUCGCGACAUUGAACGUCGGCCAUACAAAAAACACACCGAACGAUAGAUCUCACGCGAAUCGGGAGAAAACUGACACGAUCUACGAAAACGAUAAGUCAUUGUGCAAUACCGAUUUAAACUUAAAAGAGAGGCGACACAUAUUUUUAGAGCAAGUAUUAUCGCCACCGAAACUUUUGACUUGGAACAAAAGGAAAUCUUUCGUUGGAUCCACCGUGAAAAAAUCUUAGAGAACUUAGUUUUAGGAUUUCCAAGAAUCGGAAGAAAUUACAAUAGUGAUUUAAUUUUAUUAACUCUUAGACGACCGCACGAUUUUCUCCUAUCUUCGAUCAACCUCGGAUCUAAAGUACUUAACUUUAAAAACGUAAUCACGGUAUGAGAUUAAAGAGAUUAAGAGGAACGAUUACCGAUAAUAACAAGUAUUAAUUCAAUUAAGUUAAUAAGUUAUUACCGAAAUAAUGAGGCUGAGAUCCCCGAUGGACCUCGCACGGUUGUCUAAGGGUUAAUUUAUCUUUUAGGCUAGAACUUUUAUCAAGAGUGAUAUUUAGUUUAACUUUACGGAAUAAAUGUCUUCCUGUAUUCGUAUCGAUUAUCUUUCGUCAUGCGAUAAGAAAUUAGUGAAAGUAAAACAUGUAUAUUUAUUUUCGAAACUGAUUCCGACGCGGAACCGCAAUAAAGUUAUUUUUAUAAAGUUCUAAACAGUAACCAAUUUGCGAGGAGCAUUAUUUUCACGCAUCAGAAGAAGCAAAAAGAUUCUAUAAUGUACUUUAUCCGUUUUAUUAAGUAUGUAAAUCAGUUACAUCGUU